GUGUGUGUGUGUGUGUGUCACACACAGAAAAGAAGCGAGAUAGUACAGUAAGCAUUACGAGAUUCUGCAGAAACAGAAAAAGAUCAAUUGUCAAAUAUCAUGGAACCAUUGUCAAAGAAAUUAAAAACUGUUGACGAUCCCGAAAGUGAAAUUAACGUUAUUAAAAGUGAUGAUAUCGAAAAAUAUGAAAUGCAUGCAAGCUUAGAAUUUGAUAAUCACGAAAGUGUAAUUAACUUGGACGAUAAAUGGGACGAAAAAAAAGAAAAUCCAAUUUUUUUAACAGAUGAGGAGUCAUUUGUAUUUCCACCUGACAAUGAUAUAUCUGAUAUGUUGGAAGGCAUCGACUACAGUGGUUCGUUACCAACUAUUACCGAACGUUACUUUUCUACGUAUUAUAAAGUUGACGUUCAAAGACCCGGAGACGAUAUGUGUAUCAGAAUACACAGUAAUCGUAUCUGUUUAAUUUCGUUAGCACCGAGCCAUAAUAUUUUUCAAAAUGAUAACAAAAUAUUAAAGGUCGAUUACAAAGUAAGUGAUAAGUUAGACAGAAUGCUAAAUAAGGUGUCUGGAAAAAGUAAACAUGGUGCUCAACCUUUACAAGUUAAUUCUAACAUUUGUGCAAUAUCAUGUUCGGAUGGACAAAUAUACACAAUAAAGUGCUGUAUUAUUGGAAAAUUAAUAGAAGUUAACGAAAUAUUGUUGCAUUAUCCUGAACUUUUAAAGGAACCACCGCACAAAGGUGGAUACUUGGCUCUUGUGCUGCCUAAUUUAAAGCUAUUGGAUAAAAUAAAAGAUACGUUACUAACAUUAGAGGAAUAUAAAACGUUUAUACUCUCUCGAUCUAAGAUCUAAAUUUUCUAAUAAUCGAUUAUAUAAAGACAAUAAUAUGAUUUGCCUUCAACGAAAGUAUAAAACUUAAAUUAAUAAAAAUACAUAUAUAAGAUUAUAAUUAUUUUUGAUAUGACGGUCCGUAUAUGAAAUUUUAAUAAGAACAAUAUCUUCAAUCGUAUAUUUCGGUAAAAGGCUCUAAAUGAUCUUAUUUCAUAUAAGGAUCGUAAAAGACGGAAAAGAGGGUAGAAAACGAAAGAUGGAGAGAGAACCGUACGAGUGACAAGUAUCGUGUAUUUCCUUUCCUAGAUUAAAUUACAUAUAUCGGAGAAUUAUAAAUUCGGUAAAUUUCACUAAUCAAUGGCACUCUAACAACUUGUAUCUUUAUUUUAUACAAUCUUUUUCCCCAUCUUGCUUAUUUUUUUGAUCUUGCUUCUUUGGAAGGUCUUUCAAUAAAUUGCUCAAAAUAA